GAACGUCCUCACCAGAUAAGCAGCAGCAUCGAAACAUCACAGCACAAUAGGUCGCGUUACAACCUGCGCCCACGACCCACAACAAGUGCCGCUCCGAUAACUAUGACUACGUUGACAGCGAUGUGUGUGUUAUGUUGGCUAGUCGCUGCCUGUUUUGGCCAAGGCGUGGAAACCACGACAAGUCCUCAAGUCAUCAAAUGUCAAAGUGGAGGUGUUGAGUUGCACUCGUCUUCGCAGCUGGGAUAUGAAAUUUGUGCUGAGAACGUCUAUAACUUGCACGAGCACAGCGUUCAUUGGAAUUUCUUGAAAGGUGAAACCAUUCAAGUGAUCGAAACGGUGUGCCCAUCAACUUCCUUCUGUGAUCGCCUUGACUGUAUCGUCUGUCUAGCGUUGGUGGCUAAUCCCGAGUGCUGGCCCACGGGAGCUAUAGCAGCUACGGCCAUAGUGCUAUACCUCUUUAUUCUCGGAUGCUAUGUAUUCCUUUAUGUGCCUGUGGUACUAGGAAGACCUGUCCGAAUGAUAGCCAGUCUUCUCUGGAGAGCACUGAAGACGUUACUCAGAGCCAUCAUGAGAAAGAUUUUUGGAGGGAAACGACGAGCACGUGACCUAGUAGAGAUUCUUGCGGUAGCUUGCCUCUCGAUGUCACUCUUAGGUCAAGGUCAGUCGAGUCAACAAAUAGACGUCUUCACGAUCCCGUCAAAGGUAUGCUCGCGUAACGAUGGGGGCGAAACGUGUACGGUUCACGUAUCAGAGGUACUAAAGAUCAAUCCAUUCAAGAGAGAAGCUUGCAUUCGUCUCACGAGUAAUGGAAGCUCCCUUCAAGAGGUCAGGUUGUCGUGGAAUUCCUUGAUCUUAAUAUGUGAGCCUGAGACAGUGAUGUAUACGCGAGACACAGAUUUCCACGUCACUACAUCCUUAACGUCUCAUAUGACGCCGAAUGUACCCAUCAAGUUGAAGAACUUCACAUUCACAUUGAGUGUGCUUACCAUUCCGGUUAUACCCAGGUUGGAUACAGCGUUCAUCACCGACGGCACGAGGACAGCCAUGUGGGAUAACCAAAAAGUUCCUCCCCUACAAUGUGAAACGAAGGAAGAAGCAGAGACAUUGAAAUGUCCAGUCAAAGAAGACUGCACAUGUAACCCGGCAGAAUACACCGUGAACUGUAAGUGUGAAGAAACACCACUCACAGCAUGGAUCAAUAACGUGCGGCACCAAUUGCCUGCAGUAUUUCCUUCCUUUUCCUUGAAGAGCACACUGGAAGGAACAGUCAUGGCAAACAUACUCAGAAUGGUAACUUCGGAGAUUAUCAUGACACUCAAGGAUGACUCUAAUCGGGAUACGCAAGCUGAAGUAGUGUGCGAUAACGACAGCUUCACGAUCCCUUGUGACACGAAUGGCAUCAAGUCUACUCUGCAUUUUGCCACCAACAAAGCUUUUUUCUACCGGAAGUGCUCGAUCUCAUGCGGAACCAAGCAGAACACCUUUGAAAUCCAAGGCAUUUUGACCUAUCCGCACACAGCAUCCGCAGCUGUCGAAAAUUGGAUAUACGGGGAUUCACAUAGUCACUCAAGUGAUCAAGUGCUUUCUUGGACUACUUUGCAUGUUUUUUCGUCCAUUUCGAUGGCUUCUCGCAAGAUGCUUGGCAUCACGCGUGCAUGGUCACCAGAAAUUCCUUUAAAGCCUCAAGCUGGAGCCGCGAGACGUAGAAGGAGGUCCCAAAUACCUCAGUCGUAUGGUCAAGCCGACAGCCGAACGUUUGGAGACCGAUUUGACGGCGACUCUCAA